UCGCACAGGCUGAAACGCAGCCUUGGGGACCAGUAAUGCAAGAAGCCUAGCAAUUCUUGUCACGGGAUGAAACAUGGUUUCCCUUCUAUGAACGUUCAAUUUGGCCCUGGCUCCUCGCCGAGAUUUCCGCAGCUCACUGUGAAGAAAGCCGGCCAAGGCCGCCGCAAUGUCACAAGCCAGACGCCCUUUAGGGAGAUAAACAGCCUAAAAGAAGGCGGCCAGGCAGACACCACCGUGCGCAUGCGGCUCUGCUCCAGACGCAAAUCCCGCGCGACGCAGCGUAACUCCCCACCCCAUCCCACCCCGCCUUCCUACGGACUGCGCGCGUGUGACCUCGGGUCUGUAGCGGGCGCAGGGGCGGCUGGGAGGAUGGCGGCCUGGGUACCCUGUCGGAGGUGGGGCUGGGCGGCUGUGUCCUUCGGCCGGCACCGAGGCCCGAUCGCGUCGCUAGCUCGGAAGCCCCCACGGGCAUGGUGGCUGCCAGCUUGCAGACAAAAGGUAUCACUCUGUUUCCUUAACCGACCAGACCUUCCAAGCCUGGCUUAUAAGAAGCUAAAAGGCAAAAACCCAGGAAUUAUCUUCAUCCCGGGCUAUCUUUCUGAUAUGAAUGGUAUAAAGGCACUGGCAAUUGAGGAGUUUUGCAAAUCUCUAGGUCACGCCUAUAUAAGGUUUGACUACUCAGGAAUUGGAAAUUCAGACGGUAACUUAGCAGAAUGCACAGUGGGGAAGUGGAGAAAGGAUGUCCUCUCUAUACUUGAUGAGGUAGCUGAAGGGCCACAGAUACUGGUCGGAUCUAGCCUUGGUGGAUGGCUCAUGCUGCAUGCUGCAAUUGCACGGCCUGAAAAGGUCGUAGCUCUUAUUGGUAUAGCUACUGCUGCAGAUGGCCUGGUGACUCAGUUCCGUGCACUUUCUGUUGAGGCACAGAAGGAAAUAGAAGUGAAAGGGGAGUGGACCUUACCAUCUAAAUACAACGAAGAAGGAUAUCACCAGGUCCCAUACAGUUUCAUUAAAGAAGCAGAACACCACUGCUUGUUACAUAGCCCCAUUCCUGUGACCUGCCCUGUGCGCUUGCUCCAUGGCAUGAAGGACAACAUAAUGCCUUGGCACACGUCUCUGCAGGUCGCUGACCGAAUUGUCGGCCCAGAUGUAGAUGUCAUCCUUCGGAAACACAGUGACCACAGGAUGAAGGAAAAAUCAGAUAUUCAUCUGCUUGUUUGCACUAUUGAUGACUUGAUUGACAAGCUGUCAACUGUAGUUCACUAGAAUCACCCUUGUGAUUGCUAUGCUCUCUAAUGCACCCAGAAGAUUGAAAGAAUGGUAGUAAAUCAAAGACCCAGAUACAUUAGGGUUUAUCUCUUUUAUUUUGUAAAUAUCCAAUAAGUAUUUAUUUAAUGAUGUCUUUGCACAACUACACAAAUUGUGACAAAAGUAUUAAUUAGCUGCUGUUUGGAAAAUUUUUUCCUUUUAUCGUUGAUUUUUCCCAUUAAAAUAGUACUUAUUUUUUUAUUCAAGAGAUAUUUACCUUUCUUAUGCAUACUUUAGCGGUGCCAGCACUUGUGUUCCCUUCUACUACAAUAAAGCUUGAAUAUUUUGAA